CUUAGGCUUCCCUGCUGUUGCACAUCACUCUGCUUUGCUCUCUUUGUGUAUGUGUGUUUAAAUAUGUGUGUUUGAAACAAACACAGAGCGUGUGAGGACUGACGAGAGGGAGGACUCUUCUUUUUUGCCUGACACUGACAUUGAAAGGAAGCCAGUAUCAACCGAGAGAUUCUCCAUUCACCUCCACAUUUGAGAAGAUGGACGCUGCAGAGUUUCGGAGGCACGGGAAAGAGAUGGUGGACUAUGUGGCUGAUUAUUUAGAAAAUAUUGAGCAGAGGCAGGUUUACCCUGAUGUGGAACCUGGAUACCUGAGGUCACUGAUUCCCGAGGAGGCCCCGGAGGAGUCAGAGAGCUAUGAGGAUGUGGUCAAAGACAUUGAGAGGGUCAUUAUGCCAGGGGUGACCCACUGGCACAGUCCAUACUUUUAUGCAUAUUUCCCAACUGCCAACUCAUUUCCUGCAAUGUUGGCAGACAUGUUGAGUGGGGCUAUUGGCUGCAUUGGAUUCUCUUGGGCAGCGAGUCCUGCCUGCACAGAGCUGGAGACAGUGAUGCUGGACUGGUUGGGUAAAAUGCUGAAGCUACCUGAAGAUUUUCUUGCUGGCACAGAGGGCAGAGGAGGAGGGGUCAUCCAAGGCACUGCCAGUGAAGCCACUCUGAUAGCUCUGCUUGCUGCUCGUUCCAAAAUUGUCAAACUGAUCCAGACCGACCAUCCGGACCGAUCUGAAGCAGACAUUAUAUCCAAACUUGUGGCUUACUCAUCCGAGCAGGCACACUCAUCAGUGGAGAGGGCAGGGUUGAUUGGUGGAGUGAGGAUGAAGAAAAUCCCAACAGACAGUAAGUUUGCUGUGCGAGGAGAUGCACUGCAGAGAGUUCUGGAGGAGGACAAAGCCGCUGGACUCAUACCAUUCUAUUUUUGUGCAACUCUGGGGACGACUCCAUCCUGUGCAUUUGACUGCAUCACUGAGCUGGGCCCUAUUUGUAAUGCAAAGAAUAUCUGGAUGCACAUUGACGCUGCAUAUGCUGGCAGUGCAUUUAUCUGCCCUGAGUUUAGACCUCUGCUGAAUGGCAUUGAGUUUGCAGACUCUUUCAACUUCAAUCCACAUAAAUGGCUUCUGGUCAACUUUGAUUGCUCUACAAUGUGGGUGAAGAAAAGAUCAGAUAUUAUUGGAGCAUUUAAGAUGGAACCCCUUUAUUUGAAGCAUGAUCACCAAGAGUCAGGUAUUGUUACAGAUUAUAGACACUGGCAGAUACCGUUGGGUCGUAGGUUCCGCUCUCUGAAAAUGUGGUUUGUGUUCCGCAUGUAUGGACUCAAAGGUCUGCAAGCCUACAUCCGCAAGCAUGUAGAACUUGCCAAAGAGUUUGAGUCUUUGGUGAGAGCUGAUCAGCGCUUUGAGAUCUGUGCUGAUGUUGUGCUGGGCCUCGUCUGCUUUAGACUCAAGGGCUCGAAUGAAUUAAAUGAAACUCUGUUGAAGAGGAUCAACAAAGCACGUAAGAUUCAUCUGGUACCGUGCCAACUGGCAGGAAAGUUCGUGCUGCGGUUUGCAGUGUGUGCACGUACUACUGAGUCAAGGCAUGUUCAGGAAGCCUGGUGUCACAUCAGUCACCUGGCAUCAGAGCUGCUUCAGGAACUGCCUCACUGACCGCUGGGCAUGUUAAUGAGUCCAGUGAGCAAUCUGUAUCACGCCUACUAACCACACUUUCUUAUUUUCACACCACAGCUGUGAUUCUUUCUGCUAUUUAGUGUCAAUGUGUGUUUGUGUGAGUGUCACAAAGGUGUGUCUUAAAGAACUUGAUAAUAUGUGUCACCCUUCUGUGAGCAGUGUUUUAGUUCAAAAAGUUGUGUACUUGAAAAUGAGUCCGUAUUCAAAAUCAAAUAUGAUUGUCUCCUCUUGAAUAGAGUGAAGAAAAUGAUUUCAGACUACUUUACUAGUGCAAUUGCCUUAUUUUUUCAAGUGUCAACAUACUGUAACACAGUGAAUAAAAAUAUUUGAUGGUUAAACAAUUAACUAGAAUUAACAACUGUAAUGUUAUCUGUAAAAAAUGUCUUUGUUGUUUAUUAAAUAUGUUUUUUGUUUGACAAUAAAAAACCAGUGAGAUAUAAUGUGAUGGUUGUAUUAUGUAUGGUAAGUUACUUUUGUACAAGUGAGAAUGGUAGGGGCAUAAACCACUGGAAAUAAAGUGUA